CGGGAGCGCGCCUCCGCUAUAUUCAGUCUUUUUUCAUCCUCUACAUCACGUCUAUUUCAUUUCUAUGUAGUUAAUCUCUGUCAACGCUACAACAUUUCUAUUUGGAAAUCUAUACACAUCAUCCAAAUGGCAGAAUGCAAUAAAAUGUGGUAAGAUCAGCCAAGGAGAAAAACACUGCACAACUUGGAGGAUUGCUGGACAAUGGGGGAAAUAGUCUUAAGGCUGUGAUACCAACCAACUCCAUUUGUAUGAUGAACAGCACAGCUUGGCCUUUAGACCUGGGGGAUUUCUCUAGGAGCCAGGGAUUCAAUAGUACUCUAGGACAGACUCUUGUGAGCGGCUGGGCCUUAAUCCAUACAGCCACCCUAUCCUCCUGCUCUCUCCUCCUCAUUCUUAUCUUCUGCCUGGGCUCUUAUGGCAACUUGGUGGUGUUCCUCUCAUUCUUUGACCCAGCAGUCCGAAAAUUCCGUACCAACUUCGACUUCAUGAUUCUGAACCUGUCCUUCUGUGACCUGUUCAUCUGCUCCAUCACCGCGCCCAUGUUUGCGCUCAUCCUUUUCCUGGAUGUCGGGGAAGGCGGAGGUGGGGUGUCAAAGGGCUUCUGCUUCGCUUUUCAUCUCACCAGCUCAGGUUUCAUCAUCAUGUCUUUGGAAACGGUGGCAGUCAUUGCCCUGCAUCGGUUGCGCAUGGUAUUAGGCCAGCAGCCAAACCAUGCUGCGUCCUUCCCAUGCACUUUGUCUCUCACGGCACUGCUGUGGACUUCUAGCUUCACCCUGGCAGCCUUGGUCACCUUAAGAGCCUAUCCCAGCAGCACUGGUCCCUGCCUGCCUCACUUCGGUCUCACUGGGAAUCAAGCGAAGGUGGUGGUGUAUGUGUACCUCGCCGAUUUCGCUUUUUGUGUAGGUGUAGUGUCCAUGUCAUAUCUUAUGAUUGCACAGGCACUGCGAAAGAAUGCCCUUGUGCGGAAGUGUUCUGUUAUUAUGGUAGGUGCCACGCAUCCUCCAGCUGCUCCUCCAGCCUUCAUUGCUGCCGGUUUCGAGGGCAUCCAGUGUGCCGUCCAGGUGCCCUCGCUGUACCGUAACCAGACCUAUAAUAAGCUGCAACAUGUUCAAACACACCCAUUUACAAAGGGUAGCAGUCGGGCCAGGACUGCCACACAUGCUACCUGCUGUCAGUUGGUUUCCAACCUGUCCACAGCCAAGGACUCCAAGGCUGUAGUGAUGUGUGUGGUCAUAGUCAUAUCUGUGCUUUUAUGCUGUCUGCCCAUGGGUGUGGCUUUGGCGCAGGAUGUUUUGUCGGCCGAGAACAGCUUCGUUCACUACCAGUUUGAGCUGUGUGGAUUUGCUCUAAUAUUUCUCAAGUCAGGCAUAAACCCGUUUGUUUACUCUAGAAACAGUGCCGGCUUGCGACGACGUGUCCUCUGCUUCCUCCAGUGGCUGGCAUUCAGCUCCUUUUGCUGCAAGCACAAGACCCGUUUGCACGCCAUGGGCAAGGGAACUCUUGAGGUAAACCGCAACAAGUCCUCACACCAUGAAACCAACUCAGCAUACAUGCUCUCGCCAAAGCCACAGAGAAGACUCGUAGACCAGGCGUGUGGGCCUAGCCACUCGAGGGACAGCUUGCCCAGUAUGCGCGCUGUCUCUGAAUGCAAAUCCCAUCCUCCUAGCACCUCCACACCAAUCAACACUCGCAUCGAGCCCUACUAUAGCAUCUACAACAGCAGUCCAUCAGCCGGACCCAGUUCCCCGAACAGUCUAAACCCAGUGAACUCUCAGACCACUGGCUUUGCUAAGAGCUUCGUGGCUAUGCAUUACCACAUCCACCAGGAGGCACUGCAGGACUUUGACAGUGCCUCGGCCCAUCAGAUCCCCACACCCUCAGUGUAAAUGCUGGACUUCCACAACACAUAUUUGGAGCGACACAGGUUGUUCCAGAAGUCUUCAUACAAGGAUUGCAGUUUACACGUUUAAGCAAAAUACCUUCCAAAGUUUUUUCAUAUCUAUUUUUUUCAGGAAAGCCUUUGACAAAUGAGGAACAUAUUAAAUCUUUUUCAUGGCUGGAUGAAAUAAAGUUACAUUUUGCUCAAAUGUGUUCAUUUUUCCUGCAUGUAUCGAAACUUUAGGGACAUUCUGUAAAAUGUCGUUUCCUUACAUGAUGUAUGAGAGAAUGUACAUUAUUUGUUAAUGCUGGACUGUGCACACUGAAAUAGAAUUUAUGCUGAUUAUAACUAUAGGGAAAGUGUUGUAAAAAAUAUAUAUAUAUAUAUAUAUAUUUUUACACUGACAGUGUUUUUAAUAAGAUGGUAAAAGUGUCUGCAUUAAGAUAUAAGGUGUUUGUGAAGUUGGAUUACACUGACUGUCAUAUUAAAUGUUUUUUCCCCCCAAGUACAUCAAGUUCAUUGUGAGGCCGAUUACAGUUUUUCACAGUUUCUGUUUCUGAGCGUUUCUCAGACCAGAAACGAAUUUCUCAAAACUACCUGUUCCACAUCAUGUAAUCACUGGUGCACAUCAUAAAAACAAUUUCUUGUUUUGAACAAGAAAUUAAUAAAUUGUGUACA